AUGUCCGGCCAAGACCAGCAUCUAUCAGACACGGAAUCAGACUCUGAAUCCGAUGGCGGCAUGCAACUCGACGACCUAGACUUAGACCGCGUCGACGGUAUCCCAUACGACAGCGACGGUAUACCAUUCGACGUCGAUCAAAAUGUGGACGGUGACCGCCCUUUAUCAGAUGAUGAUAUUUGGGGCGUGAACGGAAACAGCUCAAAUGGAUCCCCCACAGGAAGAUUCUCCGGCCGCGCCCCAAACCCCUUCACGACAUCAUACAACCGCGCCGGCCCAGACGGCACAAUCGAACCUCAAACAGCCUUUGAAAAAGACGCCCGCACACGCUCGCAUCUGCGCGACGAAAAACACGCCGCUCUGGCCGUCCUCAUGGACAAUGAGUUAUUAGUUACAUAUGCGCUUGCCUCGCGAGAAACAAUCCCUCAAACACGUCGUCGUUUCAUGGCAAGAUAUCUCGCACCUAAUGACCCGGUGAAAGCAGAGGAACUCUACGAUCCGCGAUUUUAUGUUGCGCCUCAUGGGAAGGGCGGGGAGGGGUCGCUUAUCCGUGGUCGGUGUCGGGAGGUUAUUGGGGAUAUUAAUGAUCAUAAUUGGCACAAGCCUGCGCAUUUGAGGUCGAUGGAUGCGAAGAGGGGUUCGAGGUCUGUUUCGGCUUCUUUUUCCGGUGCGAAUUCGCCGGUUGGGGAGGGAGGGACCUUGUUGGUUGGGAGGGGACGGGAGGAAGAUGAGGAACUAUGA